AUGGCCGUCCUCGAUACCCGGCCAACCACCAACACAAGCCAUAGCACUCGGCUUGGGUUCACUCUUCAACCACUCCACGCUGCAUCAGAACAUUGGUUGGAAGCGUUUGCUCAACGACGAAUGUCUCAUAUAUACUGCGCUUCGUGA